GUUCAAUGAAAGAUUGACGGGGAUGUCGAUAUGGAAGGGUUCUAGAACCCAUGUGAAAUCCAGAUAAAUAGGUUUUACGUUUGAUGUCGGGUACUUAUUCCGUACCUGAGCCACGCCGUUUUAAACCUGAGCCUGACUGGAGUUGUACACAUGAGUUACAGUACGAAGUCAGAAACUGACACUGUAUAUUUACACCCGUUGUACCUCAAACCUAGCUCGUCUUGCAAUUGCAAAGCUACCUCCUAUCUUACUCAUAUUCUAUCCUGCAAAACAGCCCAUCGUCCGUGUUAAUUUCCACGCAAUCAACUAUCAAAAUGUAUUCUUCCAGCCAGACUAAGAAUUCCCAGCGAGUCCAGGCUCCCAACCAAGCAUCUGUGGUGCUUCUUCGCAGUCUAUGCGAACGCCUCAAUCCCAUGCUAAACACUGCCGCCUAUCUCAGCCAGGAGCAGCUGAAGGAUCUUGGGGUCGGCCAACCAUUCUCCAGAAGACACCGUGGUCCAUUACCGAGUAAGUGAUUUAUAAAUGCUUUGAGUGGUCAUUGGGAGUAAACGGGUACUCGAAUAAGCUGACAUGAAAAUAAGUGACUAUAUUGGCAAUUCUACCGCAAAGGGAUGCCACUGGGUUGUUGGUUUCACCUUGAAAGUUCAUGACAAAUCUACGCCAGAUGUAGUAUGCUUCCUUGGAAACGAAGAGCCACUUAGGGACGACGAGAUCUAUACCAGCGAACUUUGGUGCAUUUCUCGGUUCGGCGGCGGUGAAUUGAAAAAGGAGGUAUACCAUCAUCAUCAGACAGCGCCUGUCACCGUUGUAUCAGUUUCGGGCAGAAGCCUUCGUGUGGUGCAAGGUUAUACCGACGGACGCGUUGUCAUGCGGAAGUCGCCUAUUUACGAGCUUGAUAGCGACGAUGAGACUAACUUGUCGGUACUCCUGAAGUUCGCUCGCUGGUUCUUGGGUCGUCCAUGCAGAGAAUGACUGGAGCACCUGGGCUAAUCUGCGGUUUACCUUGAGAUUGUCAUUCGAGAUUGGUCUCCUUGAGUUUAUCUACCUACACAUUGCCGACAAUACUUGUCAAUAAGUCUCUUUGUCCCUAAAAAAAUAGUAGACACCUCACCCUUUUUAUUUUCUCUUUACUAACUAUUGACUUCCUAGGAAGUCAUCCAUUACCCUUCUGGUGAGAGUUUGUUUUCGUAACUGUAACGAGGUCAGGGUUGUCUCGCACCUCUAUUUGGGUAACAAACAUCCCCGAGCGACGGGAAUCCUUGUUAGAAACGUGCUUAGGUCUCGUGACGAGACGUCCAUCACGUAACUAUACUUGUAAUUAGAUGAGAACGAGGUGCUGUAUAAAUGUAGACCUGGGUAGUUUUAGGGUCGGAUGGUGUGUGACAUUAGCAAGCGGGUAGGUAGCAAUUAUACAGAAACAAACGGAUGGGCAGAUGUUACGGUGAGGCGCGAUAUACAUAUGUAUUCUACAUGAAAGAAACGUAGCAGUCUUUACUUAAGCUAAGUAAAUUAGGUACCUGGGGAAAUAUUCGAAACGUUGGCAUUGUUUCCACUGCUGAAUGCGUACCGGUUAUAUAUAAAAACGAAAAGAGAAAAGGAAUCUUAAUUUUUAGUUUCAGUUUUAGCAUCUGAUUUCAGAUGA